AUGGGUUUAGAUAAUCUUGUUGUCCCGUCUUACGCUGAAAUAUUUUUUGCCAUCUUUGUGGUCGAGAUCAUUAUAGGAACUUUCACCAAUGCCUUCAUUAUACUGGUCAACCUCCGAGAUAGGCUGAAAGGUCAAGUCCUGAACUCCAGUGAUCGACUGGUGGUUUCUCUCGCCCUUUCGAACACUUGCUUCGUGUUUGCGAACGCUGCCAGUGUUGUAUCCUACAUAUAUUUUACAGGGGUUGUGUUUCUGGAUUAUGUUUUUUAUACCUUGUAUUAUGUGAUUAUGUAUACCCUAUUCUCUAGUUCUUGGCUGUCUUCCUGGCUGUGCUUGUUUUUUUUCUUGAAGAUAAUUACUUUCAAAGGAGGCUUCUUCGGGUGGAUGAAGGUGAAGGUUGAAUCGUUGGUUCCUUGGCUGAUAUUCUCAUCUCAGGUUAUAUCCUUCAUUAGCUCUCUUCCUUUUAUUUGGACAACUACAAAGGUGUUUUCAUCAAAUGUCACAUCUUUAGAUCUUGGGGCCAACCAGACUUUCAAGGUUAUUGGAUAUAAAGUUAAUGACUCUUAUACCUUUUUUUCAUUAAUAGUCAACUGUUUUCUACCAUUUUUAAUUGUCAUGGGCACCACCGGUCGCAUCAUCGCUUCGCUCUCUUUGCACGCCCAGCACAUGAAGCAAAACAUGGAGGAUUCUCGUGGCGCAAGCCUGAAGGUCCAUCGAACGGCUGCCAGAACAAUGUCAUCUCUUCUUGUGAUUUAUUUAAUUUUCUAUGUGGUGGAGAUAGCUCUGGGGUUCCUUCCAAUGGACAGCCCAAUGUACUGGAUUUGUUUUGCGCUCAUUUUAGUUUUUCCUAACCUCCAAUCCAUCAUACUUAUCACAGGGAACUCCAAGUUGAGGAAGGUUUGGUCAGACUUGAUGAACUGCAAAAAGAAACAUUAACAAGGGGCUGUUCAAACCAACAUUUUUAAAUAUUCGAUAAUCAAUUUAGAU